AUGACCGAAGUGACGGUGUCUCGCCGCGACUCAGCGGCGUCCGCGCCGUCGUCCCCCAACGAAUUUCUGCAAAGCUUAUUGGCCGAGGAGAAUCCGUCAGUGUCAGCCCCGCUGCUACCCGACGGCCCCGAUGCCAAUAAACUCGCGACUGCUGAAGAUGCGCGAGCGAGCCGCGAAGAUGAGACGGAGGAUAAUGUGACACCCGAGCUGUUGACGUCCUAUCGCGCCACGAUGCUACUGACGAACGACGACACGGCAGACGCGCUGCUCACGUUCCUCGGGGACAAGAGCAAGUUGCUGACACGCUGUCUGUUCCAAGCUUUUCAAAGCGACGCCCAGGGCAACUUACGUCACGCAUGCCGGGUCAUCGACCACCUCCUGCGCUUCUAUCUAAACGACGUGUACGACGUGCUCGGUAAAGAUGCCGAAACUGUGCAGAGGUACAUGGGUGCCAUGAUUCCAUACCUGGAGCAUGCGCCUGUGGCCGAGCUGUUCCUGACGCUGGUGUGCAAGCCACAUAGUGCGGCAGUCAUGCGGUUCUAUGCCUCUACACCACCGAAAAAGUGGGCGUUCUUCCGUGCACUGGCAGAGUGGAAGAUGUUGCUUAUGCUGGCCAACCACGUGUGUAGUACUGAGUAUGGCGAGACGCAUACUAUUGGAGCUGCCGACGUGUUCAUAGAGCUACUGGACCGCCUUGCAGCGGAUGAAAACGGACAGUUAUUGCUGCAACCAGCCGCGUACUGCCCGGAGCUGCUUGAAGGACUAAUCCGUGCUGCCGUGGAGCCUGAAGAGAACAAGAGUUUAACCCCGCAAAGAACUGUUGGCCAACGUACUGCCGCGAUGAAGUGCGUCUUCAGGCUGCUGCAGAAGAGUACACUGGAGAAGGUACAGGGUCCACCCACAAGUCCGUACCAGUCGUUCGGUGCUACGAUCGUGAACCUUGUGCCCAAUCAGCUAGGUCCUCUGCGUCAGAAGAUCUACGAACUGGUGGAACAGCAUCUUGGAGAGAUUUUGAAAUACCUUAUUCAAAAAUACGUGAGUCAGCAGAACAUUGAAAUGCCCGACGAAGAGUCUGGAAAGCCGCUACCCGAGACUGCAGUCCGACACACUGCGUACGUGGUGAAGGUUCCUUUCACGGAAUUACGACUGACUCUGGUCGAGGCUCUUGUAGAGAUUAUGGCGCACAACCCGAGUCUCAUGAGCGAACAUUUCGAUGCGAACGUAUGGCGUGUGCUGGUCACGUGGUUCUUUGAGUAUUCGCACAACAAUCUGUAUCAUGCUGCUUUUUAUCAGCUCGUGUUUAUUGCACUACGCACGGACAACCAGCAGGCAUUAGAGGUGCUUGUAAAAAAGCUCAAGCUGGUCACACUGUUAGUGGAGCACUACCGUGCCGAUGGCGAAUCUACAAGCAAUAAGGGAUACAUUCUGCAGAUUUGCAAUGCUAUUCGUCUGCAGGCAGCUUCUCAGUCACCUGAGGCGUUUUUGCGCAACUUCUUGCAGUCACACACGACAUGGCGUGGAUUUGAGCAGGAACUGCGUGACCAUACCAAUCUGCUUUGCGUGAACGGCUUGGGUUUUACGGUGCCCCAAGCCAUCCGACCGGGUUAUCAGAAGGACACUUGGCAGAUGCUGACCGAAGAGGAGGCAGGUAUCGACCAUGGCUCGGAGUUUGCACGUUCUUUAGGUUUCGUGGACGACGUCGCAUGGCCGGAAGAUGACGCGCCUGAGGGCAACAAGAAGCGCAAGAAGAAGAAGAAAAGUAAGCGGAAUACGCACCAUCCGAAUGGCAACGCUAAUGAAAGCACCGACGAUGAGUUUACUGCUAAACCUGAGGACGCUGCCGCUGCAGCAUUGAUCGCAGCUGAGGAAGCGAAUGGAUCAAUAGGGAAGAGCAACGGAGCAAGUACACCCAAGAAGAAGAAGAAAAACAAAAAGAAACAGAACAAGAAAUAG